AUGAACUUGAACGAUGUUAUGGGCAAUUGCCAAACAACUAAAAGAGUUGGAAAAUAUGGUUUGAGCCAAGCAACAGCCGAAAAUAUACCAUUAGUAGAUUUAACGCAAUAUCCUGGCUUCAAUCCUAAUUUACCUGGAUCUCAGUUUAUAAAUAAACCAAUUAUAAUUGCAAAUGCCAAUGGAGUACAACCAGAUCUACUGCCAGCUAUUACGAAUUUCCCUGGCUCCCAGUUUUUGAAAAGACCACUUAUAGUUGGAAAUGGAGCUCUACCAGAACUGAUAUCAGCUACUCCGAAUUUCUCUGGACCUCAGUUUAUAAAUAGACCACUUGUAGUUGCAAAUGCCAAUGGAGCACCACCAGAACUGUCAUCUACUAGACCAAUGUGGCCACAAAGGGAAAAUUGUGCUAUACUGCCAGAUACACCUGUUAUUCCUGUCCAAACACCUGAUGUGACAUCAUAUCAGAUCAAUUCUUUUCCUGCGAUUCCGACGAAAAUUCCACCUUUAUCCGUAAUUCAAAAUUCUUUUAGGCCUUUGAAGCCAAUAAUUAUUCCUUCAACAUCUCCAAAUUUAAAUAUGUCACCAGUGCUGUUUCCUAUGCAGAGUUACCCACCUCUAUUACCUUUCCCAGUUACACAAUCGUAUUCUACAGCAAGAGACAUCGAUGAAGCGGAGAUAUACACCUAUCUACGAUACGAAGAUUUCUUUGAUGACUUUCCUGACUUCAAUGAUCAGUUUGAGAACAACAUUAUCUCUAAUUAUGAAUCUAAUGUUAAUGAAGUAAACAUACAAUCAACAAUAGUCAGUCCAAUUCCAGAGGUCAUAGACACGAGUAACACUUUAGUUUCAGAAUCAUUGGACAUUCAACAAUUAGCGAAUACCAAUGUUGGAAUUGAGUUCCCUAUACCUUAUAAUAUAGAGAUUAAUCUUCCAGUUUUAACCAAUCCCGUAUCUAAUUUUAUGCCACCACAAGCUCCUCCAUUUUUCCCACCAAUGCCUCCUAUAAUAAUCCAAGGUUCUUCUAGAAACAACUUUAAGUAUUUACUUCCAAUAAUUUUAGCCACACUAUUAAAUAAUGAUGGUAAUACCGGAUGUAGUGGCAGUUGUGGUAAUAGAUACAUUCCAAUGCCAUAUCCAAUACCAGUGUCAGUUAAUAAUGCUAUAAUUAAUGGUCCCGAAACCGAAGUUUCAGGCCAAUUGUACAACGCACCUAUAAUACGCACAGACAGUAACAACGACGACUUGGGAGUUCUCCUCACUGUUUUACUUCUAACAUCACGGAACAGAGGAUCGGGUAACUGCAAUUGUUGCAGCUGCUGCGGCGGAGGGAACAUCCCAAUACCUUACCCUAUACCGAUUCCGACUAACAAUCCGAUCAUCUAUACGUACCCGAGAUGUUAUGAUGGCGAUUAUGGCGACGAAGAAGGUGGUAGUAGCAGUUCAUCAAGUGCCGCCGCUACUGGUGGGGCUGGUGGUGCUGGUGGCAGCGCAUCGAGUGAACCGGAACAAAAUGUUUAUGUCAUAACCAAUAGUGCAGCCAACGCUCUUAACACCAUAGAUGAUAAAACGAGUGCUGCAAGCGGCAGUGCCGCGUCAUCUACCAGUUCUAAUGAAUAG